AUGGCAACGAGUGCGGCGAGCAGCUGUGAAAAGCUUGUGCGGAUACCUCCCGAGCAGUGGACUGCACUGCGCGAUGUUUACCGCCAGAAUUGGCCACAAAAUGCCUAUAGCUACUACGCUUUGGAAAAUUAUAUCAACUGGUCACGCAAAGACCCAGAAUUGUGUGAAAGGGAAUUUCGUAUAUGGAGUAUUGAUGAAAAGUGGCGGGAGCAUGGAAUCUAUAUUUUGGAAGAUAAAACGUUUAUAUCACACGUCGUCAGAGUAGACGCCUGCGCUCUGGAGCAUAUCGCGCGUUAUGAGUCAGCGUUGAGCCACUUGAAGUCCAUUCCGUAUACUGAACUUAUUUUUCGUGAAAAAACAUCCUUAGCUGUUAAAAAGUAUAUCGCACAAUUAGGCUAUGAACCGCCGCUAGCGCAAUGCUACCCAGCAAGGCUGUAUCAUCUGCGCAAGGAAGAUUGUCUAAAAUUUGAAGUGAGAGCUCGCUCGGACUUCAUUAUUAAACCACUCGCGUUGACAGACGCCACAGAAGUAGAUGACUUUUGGGCGUACAAAGCACCCGGCUCGCGCUACAUCGUGGAACGCAAUAUAAAAUACAACGCCUCCUUAGGUGCCUAUCAUCCCGAAAGCGGUGCACUGUGCGCUUGGGUCUUGUACAGCGAAUUCGGCACCAUAGCCUGUUUGUAUGUGAAAAGUGAGUAUCGGCGACGCGGCCUCGCUGAGGAUUUAGUGAAGCAAAUAUGUCGCAUGCUGACCGCAAAAAAUUGUGAUGCUACCGCUCAUAUUGAGGACACAAAUAAUGCAUCGAGAAGACUCUUUACAAAGUUGGGUUUUCAAACAGUUGAGUUCAACUAUUGGUUUAUAAAAGCGGAUUUCGUAAGCAUAAAGAAGGGCGGCGAGCUUGUGGAACGUUUGCCUGAACAGGCUAUGAAACAUGGCUGACAAGUAAGGGGAAUAUCAUGGAAAGGGUAAAAUAAGUAAAGUAACAUCUACGUUCUUAGAAAAGCAAUAUUAGACAAUUAAGUUUUAGUUCAAAAAGAGACAAAUGAGAAAUAUACAUUAAAAGCACAAAAAACUGCGAAUUAUUAUGGCGGA